ACAGCGAGUUCAAGACCUUUCAACGUCGAGGCGAACGAGGGCGGUCUCCAUGCCCGAUAAUUCCCUCGCUGCAGAUCCAACUUCAUUACAAAGAUUGCUCAAUACCUUAGAUGCAGCAGACCGGAGACAAUCAGAAAGUCAGCUGAACGGACGAAGACGUCACACGAGUGGCCAGCGUCACGACCGAUCCCACCUCAACAGCUUCGACUUCGAGCCCGCCAGUCCGGCUUGGGACGACUACAUCGAUGCCAAAGGCGAGGAGCUCUUCGAUGCCGACGUCCAGAUGUCGCUGAGCAAUGCCGUCUUGAUGGACGACGGCGAGCUGAUCAACAUUGCCAAUCGGUCCGGGCAGGGGUGCGUGAUCGUGACGGGGCUGUUUUGUGGACGGCCCAUACGGUGUGAGGUGCCUUUUGAUAUUACUACCUUGGUGUCGGGCGAGUGGAGGGGACCGACAGAGGACGACGAUGCGUGGGAAGAGACGAUACACCAGUUAGCAGCAGGAUGUCUGCUUAUGGAUUAUGAUAUACAGAGUAUGGGACACAUCAUGGAUGAUGUCCAUCAACCGUCGGACGACAUCUUCAAGCUCCGAAGCAAGAUGGUGGAUCUAAGUCAAGCUAGUCAUGUGAUCUGUCGUCAUACAGCAUUUGUUUCAUUAGACCUAGAGACAUUAGAACCUCUCCCAUCACCAGUUGUGAUUAUGCCAAGUCAGCCGAAGGCGGCACAUCCUUUCCAGCGACGGGCGGCUAGAUUCUGGGGUUAUAACAUGAUGGGCAAACAGUAUUCUUCAUCGUUCACCGAUUCUGAAGACGAGGCCUUCUCCUCCGGUUACGGGCGAUCAGAGUCCCCCAGUUCACUCCCCUCUCAACCGGUUCCUAUGCCUGCAGGUCUAGACGGUCAGCCCCUGGACCCCCCUGGACCUCCCCUGGGUCUGGGUCCCCAUUCGCCGUGGUCAUCUCAGUGUAGUGGAGACUUCUAUGCAUGGUCUUUUGAGAAACAAUAUGGAAUGAAUCCUUCAUCAAAACCACGCUCCUGGCAGCUCGGGUCUCGUCUCAAUCGACUACGCUCAAGACUCAGCAACACCCCAUCGAAGCGCCCUCUAUUCCGCGCCGUUGAUGUGACGGAGUGCUGUGUGGGACGAACCCUCAGCAUGGAAUGCGUUGAGCUCCAUGCCUUAGUCAAUCUCCAACUAGCUUCCGGAGCAUGGGAGUUGGACUUUGAGCUUGCGGAAGCCAUCGAUAUCCCACUGGAAAAGUUACGACGUGCCUGUCUGUUCUGUGAUGUGCCUGUGAACUACGAAGCCAUGAUACCAAGCGCAAGAAGUCCGCUGGCCGGACCGCGCUUGAGAACUUUUUACACCGGUAGCUCCCAAGGUAGUAGUCUUCAGACACCUGAUGUAGAGUCUAGUGUUGAGAGCUCCAAGUGGAGUCCUGAGGCUCCAGGCAACGAUGCAUCGGCUGGAGUUAGUCCACCAGAUAAUGCUAGUGUUGUUUCAGAGUCUUUAUCACAGCCUGAGAGUGGGUACAUAACUGUAAAGUCGACUUCUUCUCCAGAGGAUGCCCAUCCAGCUCGGCCAACCAACGGAACGGUCCGCCAGGACUCAAACACCCUUAAAGCAGCCAACCACAGACCAGAAUCUCUCGCGAGUGUUCGCUCCCUCUCCCCGACUCCAUCCGGCGCAGCCGCAAUGAGAGGCAUACCUUUACCAAAGAAACUUGAUAGUGUGACGGCCGCCAACUUCAGUCCCAGUCGGAGAAGGCGGGAGAGGUUUGCCGCCGUGCAGCAGCUUCGGAAGGAGAUGCGGCAUCUAUCGCCCGACGAAUCCCAGCAGCAACGGCUCUGGGCGACCGCACUGGCUCUCGUCUGGCUGGAGCAUAACUGUGCCUCGUUCUUUAAUGAAUGGGAACUUCUGGCUGCGAAGGCAGAUCAUUGGCUUAGUGAGCAGCCUAUACCAAGUGCCAGCGGGAUAGACCUUGCGGAACUCAAGGCGUCCGCAAGACAGCUUAUUGUACUCUCAAGGAAAUAUUAGACACUGGCUGAAUCAACAAGGUAUCCGAAGUGCCAGAAUGUGAUUUGCAGAUCCAUCUUGUAUGAACAAAAUGUAGUUCAUUAUUAUCAACUAGUUUGUAUACAGUAUAUGUAUAUAGGUUUUUGAUGUAUGAAAUAGGUUGUAGAAACAACUUAAAACAUGUACAGAAUUUAGAGAUAUGAUCAAAAUCGUGAUAGUAUAUCAUUAGUAGUGGUUGAAUUAUUAUUAUUUAUUUUGUGAUUUACUAUUUCUGUGUGCAUAUGUUUCAAGGGGAAGUGCAAUUGCAUUCAGUUGUGACUUACGAAAUUGUAAAUAUAAUCUUUGUUUGAUACUGUGCUAUAUAGUAUAAUGGACAAGUGGUAUGAAUUACAACAAAGUAAGGAAAAACGUGAGAGAUUGAUCAAGAGUUUAUAUUGCCAAUCCUAGCGAUUACAAAGAUAUCACUUUUGUUUUUAUGCAUCUGAUUUUUAUGCAAUUUUCUGGUUGGGAAAUGUUAUAUUUUUAAUAAUGCACUGCAAUUAAACUCCUUACUUUUUCACUCAUUGACAUUUCAUAAUUCUGUAGUUGUUUAGUGGCAUACUGAGCUUAAAUUGUAGACUAAAGUUUGUGGGAAAGUGCAAUUUACAAGAAGAUUAGCAUGUGAGUGGAAUCUUAGCAGAACAUCUGUUAAGUGAAACUCCUAACUGACUAGCUUUGUGCAAUAUAAUUUAUCUUCUAGUGCAAUAUUUUUUUUCUCAAAAAAACCACUCGAUGCAAUGUAUAUAUAUUAUAAAUCUCUUGUCAUAAGGUAUUAACAAACGUGCAAUGGAAUGCCGGAAGGAAUGGCAAGCGACGCAUGCCUUUUGUAAAUCUCUGCCUUUUAUGAACUGUAAUAUGUUUAUUUGUACAGAUCAAUUAAUGUUUAUUUCUGAAGAACAAUAUGCCUCUUAACAUGUUCUAAUGAUGGAACAAUUAUCAAAGCUUGACUAUAGUGACUGUAUAAGUUGCGUAGCAAUGUGUUAUAUAUAUGUUUACUGUAGACUUUAAAAGAUUGAAUGUGAUAUUUUUUGUGUACACAUCAGUAUUUCAUUUAAUCACCGUUUUCCAUAUAUAUAUUUAUUUUGUUUUCCUGUUUUUCAUGUUUCAUGGUAUGGACCAAAUUGUAAAUAUGAAGAAGUUGGAAAAGGCUUGGAUAGAAGAAAGAUAAGCUUAAGUGAGGGAAAGGCAGAGUACUUUACACCAAUUAAAAAAUGUAUUCCUAUAAUGAUAACAAAAAUCUUAUCUUACAUUGCUGCAAUUUGAAUUUUCUCUUUACAAAUAAUUAGCAAAACUGAUUCAUGUAACUUUCUUUAGGUAAUUGUCAAAUUUGAUAAUGGAAAAAGAUCAUGGAUUCAUUAUAAUUUAAUAUGAAAUUUUUAAUUCUUGCAAGAAUAAUCACCUUUGAAUAUGUCAGCCAAAUAAGAUUAGUUAUAUUGUGGAAAUGUAGUGUUUUUAUUUCAGAAAUCAGUAUUUUUGAGUAGAAAUGCAAAACAAGAUCAAAUUUAAAAGAAAAUUUAUUUAUUUUUAUAUCUUUACUCAUUCGGUGGACGGUGAUUUCAAAUUUGAAUGUAAACUUCAGGGAACUGGAAAGAAAUAGACAAGUUUAGAGCUGGUUUUGGCUUGCAUGUUCGAAACAACCGUCAAAGUUUGAUGCGUGUUGUUAUUGUACAUACUUCUGAUAUUCAUUCCAUUCUAAACCAUAGUAGAAAUAUGUGUUCAUAUUGUUUUCGUAAGAAAUGUUAUUGUCCUGAUGGGCAAUUCCAUAAAAUAUGUAUGACGGAUCCUGUAUAGAUGCAUGGGACCUAUCAGGCCCCGUCUUACAAAGAGAUACGAUUGAUCCAAUCGAUCGCAACUAUGGAAAGCCAGCAAAGUCAACAUCUAAAAUGCAUGUUUAUUUUAGAAAAUUCUAGAUAUGAAUGCAUAUCCAUAAAUUCAUUAAUUUCUUGACAAUUCGGUGUGAUCUCCUUUCUUUACAAAGGACAUUUUGCAAAUUUCCUGUAGAAAAAAAAUUAUGACACUGAUGGAUUUCCAUAGAGUUAUGAUUGAUUGGAUCAAUUGUAGCUCUUUGUAAGACGGGGCCCUAAAAUUAUUGGUCUGUUUUCUAGUUCAUAAGAAAAAAAUUGUAAUGCUCUGGAAUUAUCAUGGCUUGAGCAGGGCCCCGUCUUACAAAGAGUUACGAUUGAUCCAAGCAACCACAACUAUGGAAAGUCAGCAAUGUCAACAUCUAAAAUGCAUGUUUGUUCACAAUAUUUAAUAGAUAUGAUGUAUUUACCUACAUCCAUUUCUUUCUUGACAGUUCAGUGUGCUUCUCUUUGUUUACAAAAGACAUGUGCAAAUUUUCUGAAGAGAAAUUAUGACAUUGAUGGGUUUCCAUAUAGUUGAGGUUGAUCGGAUCAAUCGUAACUCUUUGUAAGAUGGCCGCCCAGUUCGUGAAUAGCAGUAUGGAUGGGGAGGGGGGUAAGGGGGUCGGAUGUACAAAAAGGUUAAUACUUUAUGGAAUUGCCCUGCAUGAUUGUAGCAUUAUUAUCAUCGAAAGAAUCCACAAGAGGAGCUUCUUGGCAGUAGCUGCUUUACAUGUUCAACUAGGGCACCAUCUUACUGAGUUAUGAUCAUUCAAUCACAGCUACUGGAAGCUGGUAACGCCAAAAUCUAGAAUGCAUAUGUUUGUUCAAGCUGUUUUCUAACGUAUAUACAAUGACUUAUACUCAUGCAUGCAUCAUUGUUUUAUUUAAAUUUUUAUUGACAAAUCAUCUUGCUCCCGUUUCCAAAGAGAUAUGUUUAUUUUUUUGUAUAAAGAAUUUAUGGCAUUGUUGGUUUUCCAUAGUUGAAAAUGAUCAGAUCAAUUGCAACUCUUUGUAAACAGGGCCCAAAUGUUCCAUUCCUAUUAAGUUAAGAAAUGAAGUGAUCAAAUGAUAGUAAUGCUACAAUAAACGUGAAGUCCAAACUGACGCCAAGUUUACUGUAAUUGCAGAAAAUUUCGAAAAACAUGAAGGUUAGAGAAAACAUAGAUAUAUGGAACUUUUAUGCCCUAUAUGUCAAGUAAUAUAAAUUCCAUUUUUAAAGAGGGUGAAAGAUGACUGAUUGUGUAGGAAACUGUGUUCUUGACAAUAUCUUCAAUGCACAAAUACAACCAUUUUCAAGUUUUUGAGAAAAUGGAAUUUUAUGGAAUUUGUAACACCUGACAAACAGGGCUAGCUUUUCACCGUAUGCGACAUCGAUGCAUUUAGCCAAACCUUAACUCUUACCUGUAUUAUGUCUUUUUUUAAUUUUCUGCUUUUUUAUAACAGACUUGACAUCAGGCUGAAGUUCCCUUUUGAAUUUGGAAGGACAAAUUUUUAUAGAAAUCAUACAUUAGUCUAGCACUUUUUGUACAAAGUUCACGUACUUGUGUUUCUAUGGAAAUUAUAAAUGCAUCUGACAGUGUUAGAUAAAAGGCAGUGCACUUGUUUUUUACUUGAACUGUCAGUACAAUUUCAUGUCUGAUUUUUUUUUUUUACACGUUAAAGUUCUUAUUGACUUUCGUCAGCAGGCCGGAAACUUAUUUCGGGCCUCAAGUUUUUCAACUUAUCAGAAUGAAGUAAAGAAAAUUACUUCCUUCAUAGCGGUCUUUUAUUUAUGGCUAAUAAUAUUUAUUGUUUUACAGAAUGUGGAAAGUUAUUCACGUAAGGGGUGAAAUAAAGACUGAAAAUUGAUAAACUUCACUUGUAAUUUUGAGGUGCAUUCGUUCUCUGAGAGCUUCAUAACAGUGUCUACAACUGCGGGGUGCAAUGUUAACGUUGUAAUAAGGUAUUUUAUGUUAUUUCAUUCAUGUGCUUUCUUGCCUCUCUUUCAAGUAUUAUGUGCAAAUGAACAUGUUAUGCUUUGCAAAAUAAAAUGAUUCAG